AUGGGCGCCAAAAUAAUACACUAUUUAAGUCUUAACAAUAGGAAUAUAGCUUCUUAUUCAAGUAGACUGCAUCCACCCACUUUGAAUCUGAAGGAUGGAAAGGUCCGAGGAAGAAUAAGAAAACUUGCUGAUGGCAAGGAGUUUUAUAGCUUCAAAGGAAUCCCAUACGCACAGCCACCAGUGGGAAGUCUUCGAUUCAAGGCCCCGCUUCCUCCUAAACCCUGGUCACAUGUUGUGGAUGCUACAGAACACGGGGCUACAUGUCCACAAUGGGAUAUGGUGGCUUUGAAAUUAAGAGAAGGAGAAGAAAACUGUUUAUUCAUUAACGUCUACACUCCUACUUUACAAACUGACUCCAAAUUACCUGUGAUGGUGUAUAUCCACGAGGGAGGGUUUCAAUCUGGAUCUGGAAAUGAAAGAAAAGUUGGAAAGUUCCUUGGGAAGAAUACGACAAACCCUGAUGAGUUACUCACAUAUUUACAAAGUGUACCUGCAGACAAACUUCUGUUUUUGACGUUAAGAACGGCAACUAAGAGAGAGGAACUUUCAGGACCACCCAUUCUUUUUGCUCCCGUCGUAGAAAAGAAGUUUGGUGAUAAUGAGGUAUUUUUACCAGAAAACCCGUUAGAUGUAAUAUUAUCCGGAAAAUUUAAUCCUGUACCUCUUAUAACAGGAUAUACUUCAUCAGAAGGAGCUGCAAGAUUGAUUGACGUGCUAGCAAAGUUAGAAUUUUUCAAUAAGUGUCCGUCCUUGUUGGUGCCUAAAGACAUCUACAUGAAACUUACAGAAGACAAGGCCUUAGAAUUUGGUGAAAGAAUCAAGCAAUUUUAUUGGGGUAAUAGGGAUUUAACAGCAGAUGAUGUUGAAAUAAUUGCUGAUUUGCAGUCAGAUAUCCAUUUUGUGAUGGCAACGUACAGGACAGCAGAUUAUUUUUCAAAAUAUUGUAAACCCACCUUCUUGUAUAGAUUUGACUUGAAAACUGAAUUGAAUUGGAUUUCAAAAUACCUUGGACUGCCACCGGUCAAGGGAGUUCCCCAUGUCGAUGAACUAUUUUAUAUCUUUAGUAGCGAUUUAAAGAAAGAUACAUAUAAAAAUCAUCCCGAGUUACAUAAUAAUCCAACACCCGACACCAGUCUAGGAGUGACUUGGUCUCCAUACACGGCAACAAGAAAGGAAUAUUUACAAAUUGGUAACGAAUUGUCCAUGGGAAGGAACGCGGAGAAGACAAGAUUGGACUUCUGGGAUCGAUUGUAUACUGAAGCUGGGCUACCUAGUAUUCAUCCACCCAUUUUAAAUUUGAAGGAUGGAAGGGUCCGAGGAAGAAUAAGAAAACUUGAUGAUGGCAAGGAGUUUUAUAGCUUCAAAGGAAUCCCAUACGCACAGCCACCAGUGGGAAGUCUUCGAUUCAAGGCCCCGCUUCCUCCCAAGCCUUGGUCAAAUGUCUUGGACGCUACAGAACACGGGGCUACAUGUCCACAAUGGGAUAUGGUGGCUUUGAAAUUAAGAGAAGGAGAAGAAAACUGUUUAUUCAUUAACGUCUACACUCCUACUUUACAAACUGACUCCAAAUUACCUGUGAUGGUGUAUAUCCACGAGGGAGGCUUUCAAUCGGGAUCAGGAAAUGAAAGAAUAGUUGGAAAGUUCCUUGGGAAGGAUACGACAGACCCUGAUGAGUUACUCACAUAUUUACAAAGUGUACCUGCAGAAAAACUUCGGUAUAUGACGUUAAAAACUGCAACUAAGAGGGAGGAACUUUCAGGACCACCCGUUCUUUUUGCUCCCGUCGUAGAAAAGAAGUUUGGUGAUAAUGAAGUAUUUUUACCAGAAAACCCGUUAGAUGUAAUACUAUCCGGAAAAUUUAAUCCUGUACCUCUUAUAACUGGAUAUACUACAUCAGAAGGAGCUGUCAGAGUGAUUGGCGAGAUAGGAAAGUUAGACUUCAUCAAUAAGUAUCCGUCCUUAUUGGUGCCUAAAGACAUUUAUAUGAAAAUAACAGAAGACAAGGCCUUGGAAUUUGGUGAAAGAAUCAAGCAAUUCUAUUGGGGUAACAGGGAUUUAACAGCAGAUGAUAUCGAUAUAAUUACUGAUUUGCAGUCAGAUAUUCAUUUUUUGAUGGCAACGUACAGGACAGCAGAUUAUUUUUCAAAAUAUUGUAAACCCACCUUCUUGUAUAGAUUUGACUUGAAAACUGAAUUGAAUUGGAUUUCAAAAUAUCAGGGGCUGCCACCAGUCAGAGGAGUUCCCCAUGUAGAUGAACUAUUUUAUAUCUUUAGUAGCGAUUUAAAGAGAGAUACUUAUGAAAAACACCCCGAGUUACAUAAUAAUCCAACACCCGACAACAGUCUAGGAGUGACUUGGUCUCCAUACACGGCAACAAGAAAGGAAUAUUUACAAAUCGGUAACAAAUUGUCCAUGGGAAGGAACGCGGAGAAGACAAGAUUGGACUUCUGGGAUCGAUUGUAUACAGAAGCUGGGCUACCGAGUGUUGUUAAGAAUUGCGAAGCCAUGUCUCACAUACCGAAUCCGUAUAACAAUGCUCCGGGGACCUACAACUCAAAUCCUGCUAUGUUUCAACAAUUCAAUCAAACACUGACGAGUCAACUGCCUCCGAAACAUGACGCGAAACCAAUCAUUCCUUCAAGCAUUCAAGGCUUCAACCACCAGACGAAUCCAUACAAUGACGAAAGUGCAAGCAGCUCGCCAGCUUUUAAUAAUACCGGAAUGAUGCCCCUUCCAACGAGCUUACAGUCAUCCCCCAUGAGGCCAGUUAAGCCAGUGCCAAGUCAACAGCAGGCUCAAAGCAUUCAGAACAUUCCACUGAGCUCCUCCAGCCCACAUCCAAUGACUAACACCAACCUAUCAAAUUCUCCAUAUCAUCCUCAACAUCAUCAAAUCAAUAAUAAUGCCCCACCUCUAAUUCCUUCUAGUCUAAACAAUCAGCCAAACAUGAAUGGUCCAAUGAGUGCUCCAAAUGCCCCGCCUAAUCAAUAUCCACCAGCAUCUAAUUCAUUUAGUCCAACACCUAUGAAUCGACCUCCGAAUAUUAAUAAUUUCAGUACAAAUCAAAGUUACAGAACAAAUCACACAUCCCAAACUUCAAUUCCUCAUGCUGUAAACAAUCAGCCUAAUGUUCCAUUUAAUGGGCCGUCUGGAGCCAGAAAUAGUCCUCUAACUACGGGACAACAAAUUAAUUCACUCACAUCGAGUAUGGCAAAGUUGCCGCCGAUUUCUGGACCGCCUGGGCCUCCAAGAAGUCAAAAUAAUUUAAUUAACGGACCAAUGCAAGGCCAAGUCCCACUUAACAAUAUGGGGCCUCCGAAAAAUAUGUCCCAUGGGCCAUCUUCUCUGACCGUAGGUCCACCGGGAGUCCCAUUGAGACCUACAGGACAAGUAAACCAACAACCGCCUAUAAAUAGUUCCCAACAAAAUUUUGCUGGUCCACCUAGCGGCCCUCAAAGUAUGCCGAUCGGGCCCGGACAAGCUCCUCCUAUGGUACAACAGCCUAGACCUGGCCCAGCGAGUGGGCCAUCUUCAAUGGCGAGUAGAUAUCCACAAAUGCCUUACACGAAUCUUAGCCCGCAGCAACAAAUGCAAGUCCAACAGAACAUAGCUAAACAGUUUCCGACACAUAACUUGUAUGACGUGAACCAGCAAGGGGGACAGCUGAGUGUGACCAAGCAGGGCUUCAAUCAGCUCUGGGGUCAUCAGAUGGUUGACUUGAUGCAGUGUAAGCACAUCCUGCCCGAAUAUCCCGAAGAUCCACCGGAAAUAAGACUCGGACAACAGUUUGCGGAGGCAAAUAACUGCAGCCCUGAAAUCUUCCGUUGCACGAUCAAUCGUAUCCCGGAAACAAAUUCUCUAUUGCAGAAGUCUAGACUGCCUCUUGGUAUUCUAAUCCAUCCAUUCAAAGACCUCAAUCAUCUCCCUGUAAUACAAUGUACUACUAUAGUCCGUUGUCGAGCGUGUCGCACCUACAUCAACCCAUUCGUUCACUUCGUCGACUCCAAGAGAUGGAAGUGUAACCUUUGUUACCGGGUCAACGAUUUGCCCGAGGAGUUUCAGUACGACCCCGUGAGCAAGUCGUACGGCGACCCCACCAGGAGGCCCGAAGUGAAGUCUGCUACAAUAGAGUUCAUAGCGCCCAGCGAGUACAUGCUGCGACCGCCGCAACCCGCCGUCUAUCUAUUUUUGUUCGACGUCUCACAGAACGCAAGGGAGUCAGGAUACUUACAGGUGGUGUGUGAUACUCUGAAGUCUAACCUUGAACAGCUGCCGGGAGACGGCCGCACCCAGGUCGGCUUCAUCUGUUACGACGAACACAUACACUACUACCUCAUGAGUGACGGACUCUCUAGGCCCAGGGAAAUGACUGUAUUGGAUGUUGAGGAGGUAUUCCUGCCGUCCCCGGAAUCACUGCUAGUGAACCUGUCUGAGCAGCGCGCCGCGGUGUUGGAGCUGUUGUCAGUUCUACCUCGCCGCUACGGCUCGCCUGCACCGCCCGCCUGUGCGCUCGGACCCGCGCUGCAGGCCGCCUACAAGCUUAUGGCUCCGACCGGUGGCAGGGUGACCGUGUUCCAAACCUGUCUGCCUAAUGUAGGCCCGGGAGCGUUACAGUCAAGAGAGGACCCCAACGCCCGUUCGUCCAAGGAGGUGUCCCACUUGUCUCCGGCCACUGACUUCUACAAGCGGUUGGCUUUAGACUGUUCCGGGGCGCAAGUCUCUGUAGACCUGUUCCUACUCAGCUCUCAGUACUGCGACCUGGCUACUAUCAGUGGUAUGAGUAAGUUCAGCGCGGGUACAGUGCACCACAUCCCUCUGUUCCGCGCCAGUCGUCAGUGGCAGGCCGACCUGCUGGGUCGUAUGCUCACUAGAUACCUCACGAGGAAGAUUGGCUUCGAGGCUGUCAUGAGGGUCCGCUGUACCAGAGGCAUCUCUAUCCACACGUUCCACGGUAACUUCUUCGUUCGCUCCACGGACCUCCUGUCGUUACCCAACGUGUCUCCGGACGCGGGGUUCGCCAUGCAGCUCUCUAUAGAGGAGUCUCUUACGGAGCUGCAGCAUGUUUGCUUCCAAGCUGCGCUGCUCUACACCAGCAGCAAGGGUGAGCGUCGUAUCCGCGUGCACACGCUGUCCCUGCCGAUAGCCAGCACACUGCCCGACGUGUUACACUCGGCCGACCAACACGCGGUCAUCGGCCUACUGGCGAAAAUGGCCGUGGACCGCUGCGUGUCCGCGUCUAUGUCCGAGGCGAAGGAGGCGCUCAUGAACGCCGCCGUGGACGUGCUGAGCGCCCACCGCCUCGCCCACAGCCUGCCCACGGGUGACCACACCGCCUCGCUACACGCGCCCACCACGCUCAGGCUACUACCGCUGCUCAUACUGGCGCUGCUAAAACGGAAAGCGUUCCGUACGGGCACGUCGACUCGUUUGGACGAGCGUGUGGCUGAUAUGUUGUUCUUGAAGAGCGCGCCGCUGGCAGGCCUCCUGCGGGCCGUGCAUCCCGACCUGUACGCGCUGCACACGCUCACCAGCCAACAUGACCCGCCGCGACUACAGCUGUCCGCUGAGAGACUGAGCCUAGACGGCGCCUACCUCCUAGAUGAAGGAGACACUAUGAUCAUGUACGUGUGUCGUGGUGUCAGCCCCGCCUGGCUGGUCGAGGCGCUAGGAGUUAAUUCGUUCUCGGAGCUACCGGCCGAGGCUCGCGAGCUGCCUCAUAUAGACACCGCGCUCAACGAACAACUACACGCGUUCAUAGAGAGACUCAACGAUGACCGGCCUUACAACGCUAGCAUCGUACUACUUAGAGACGACUCUCCGUCCCGGCAGCUGUUCACUGAGCGGCUGAUAGAGGACCGCGUGGAAUCCGCCUUCUCUUACUACGAGUUCCUGCAACACCUCAAGAGCCAAGUCAAAUGA